AGAGCACAGACGAGGCUGAGAGGAACAAGAUGCAGGCAAUCAAAUGUGUGGUCGUUGGAGAUGGAGCUGUGGGGAAAACAUGUCUUCUCAUCAGCUACACAACCAAUGCCUUCCCCGGGGAGUACAUUCCUACUGUAUUUGACAACUACUCAGCUAAUGUGAUGGUGGACAGCAAGCCAGUCAACCUGGGCCUCUGGGAUACAGCUGGACAGGAAGACUACGACAGGCUCCGCCCACUGUCGUACCCACAGACGGAUGUUUUUCUGAUCUGUUUCUCCCUGGUGAGUCCGGCAUCGUACGAGAACGUCAGAGCUAAGUGGUACCCAGAGGUUCGCCACCACUGCCCCUCAACCCCAAUCAUCUUGGUGGGCACCAAGCUGGAUCUGAGGGACGAGAAGGAUACCAUCGAGAAGCUGAAGGAGAAGAAACUGGCACCAAUCACCUAUCCUCAAGGCCUAGCACUGGCCAAGGAAAUAGACUCAGUGAAGUACCUGGAAUGCUCAGCUUUGACUCAGCGUGGCCUGAAAACUGUGUUUGACGAGGCCAUCCGGGCCGUGCUCUGCCCUCAGCCCACCAAGGUCAAGAAGAAGGGCUGCUCACUGCUGUAAAUAAUUCCCACCGGACCAGAGAGAAGAGAGAGACCAAAAAAGACAGACAGACUGCUGACCCCACAGCUCAAAGAAGAUUUUAAAAUUCUGUAAUGUUUUUAUAUGAAAACUGCAACUGGAUUAACCAUAAAAAAGUUGUUUUCCAGUUAUAAAAAAACUGUAGCAAACCUUUGUGCAUAACAGCCUCUGAGACAGAUUUUUGUGUAUUUAACUGAUGCUGCACCAAGCAAGAUGUUUCUGUAAAAAUUAGUAUAUAAGUAAAUGCGGAGGUAUGAGACUUCCCAACUUAACACACUGUACUAUAGAUUCAUCCUGUUUGCUCAGAUUUAAGACCAGGAGCAGCAUGCUGGCAUUAUGCAAUGGACCAAAAACUCAACAAUGUUUAACACUGUAUGGAAAUGAUGUUAUUGAUGACAUCAUAGACUAGCCAUACGAUUCAUAUUGAUAUGUCAUAAUGUCAUAUUACUUGUUUUACAACUGAGAGUGAUGAACAAUGAUUAUACAUACAUACAUACAUAUACGAUUAUGUGGAGUAUAGUAUUGUAUAAGAAGACAACCUUGUCAUUUUUGAAUGACGGGCAAGCAAAUAUAUUGUUUCAUGUGAUAUUAAAAUAAAAGACAUGUGAUCACGUAAAA